AUGGGCCUACUGAAGCGUGUGGAGUCACUACCUCUUAUAUCCACUAUUUCUGGGCUAACCAGCAAAGCCACGAUUAGAUUUCCAAAAUAUGUGCUAGGCCUGGGAGCAUUGCUUGGGGCUGGGGUGCUUGCUAGAAGUACAACAGGGAAGAGAGUAUUUAAAGAGCUGUGGGAAGUUGGCUUCAGCGAUAAAAAAGGAAGCCCUCUUCCAGCGCAAGAAAAGCCGCUUCCUACAGUCUUUAUAGACAUAGAAGGCGUUUUAAUAAUGAAAAGAUGGUCUUUUUCAAUUCUAGGAUAUAAGUAUAAUAUACGCCCAAAUGCAGACACUUUUUUGUUUCAGCUGUCUAACGAGUAUGAAAUAGUCGGUGUUUCUUCCAUGCCAAACGAAAUAUCAAACGAAAUAUUUGCAGUGCUUGACCCGUACGGAUGCAUAAAGUAUAGGAUGUACCUGCCACACUCUGACAAGUUAAAUCUUAAGGAAACAAACCGAGACGUGCGAAAUGUCAUUCGAAUUAGAGAGCGAGAAACAACAGGCGAAAAUGAUCUAUCGCUUGGUGCAUGGAGCGAAGAGAAUACCCCAGACGUAUUAAUGGGGACGCUUGAUUUUCUACUAAAUAUCAAACACUUAGAGUCUAAUGACUUUCGAGAGGUUAUCAAGUCAUAUAAAAACCGAGAUUUUGUUAAAACAUACAGUGAGGUUCAAAAAACCAUAUAUCCUGCAGCACGUCAGUACUUUUUGUUUAGAAGCUCAAACGGAGCAGAAGAGAAGAUUGAGAGCAUAAAUAGAAGUAGAAUAGCUGAAUAUGAGAGAGCAAGAGAGUACAUUGAAAAUAAGUUGAAAAUUGAAAGAAUACAAUCCAAAUCUAAAAUAGAGUAG